AUGGUUUCUGCCAAGAAGGUACCCGCGAUCGCGCUCUGCUCCGGGGUCAGUGUCGCCCUUCUGCACUUCCUGUGCCUGGCGGCUUGUUUAAACGAAUCCCCUGGAGAGUACCAAAAGGAGGAGAAAUUGUGUUCCGAAAAUUUUACCCGCAUCCUGGACCGUUUGCUGGAUGGUUAUGACAACAGGCUGCGUCCUGGAUUUGGGGGUCCUGUUACAGAAGUGAAAACUGACAUAUACGUCACAAGUUUUGGACCUGUUUCUGAUGUUGAAAUGGAAUACACAAUGGAUGUGUUCUUCAGGCAGACCUGGAUUGACAAAAGACUAAAAUAUGAUGGCCCCAUUGAAAUUUUAAGGUUGAACAACAUGAUGGUAACAAAAGUAUGGACCCCUGAUACCUUCUUCAGGAAUGGGAAGAAAUCUGUCUCACAUAAUAUGACAGCUCCAAAUAAGCUUUUUAGAAUUAUGAGAAAUGGCACUAUUUUAUACACUAUGAGACUCACCAUAAGUGCGGAAUGUCCCAUGAGAUUGGUGGAUUUUCCCAUGGAUGGUCAUGCCUGCCCUUUGAAGUUUGGGAGUUAUGCAUAUCCGAAGAGUGAGAUGAUUUACACCUGGACCAAAGGUCCUGAGAAAUCUGUGGAAGUGCCCAAGGAGUCUUCCAGCUUAGUUCAGUAUGACCUGAUUGGGCAAACAGUGUCGAGUGAAACUAUCAAAUCUAUUACCGGUGAAUACAUUGUCAUGACUGUUUACUUCCACCUCAGACGGAAGAUGGGCUAUUUUAUGAUUCAGACAUAUAUUCCAUGCAUUAUGACAGUGAUCCUUUCUCAAGUUUCAUUCUGGAUAAAUAAGGAAUCUGUUCCAGCUAGGACUGUGUUUGGAAUAACCACCGUCCUCACUAUGACCACAUUGAGUAUCAGCGCCAGGCACUCUUUGCCUAAAGUGUCCUAUGCUACUGCCAUGGAUUGGUUCAUAGCCGUUUGCUUUGCUUUUGUAUUUUCGGCCCUUAUUGAGUUUGCUGCUGUCAACUAUUUCACCAACGUUCAAAUGGAAAAAGCCAAAAAGAAGACAUCUAAACCUCCUCCAGAAACCCCAGCUGCUUCAGCGCUUAGAGAAAGGCAUCCUGAAACACCUCUGCAGAACACAGAUGCCAAUUUGAACAUGAGGAAAAGAACCAAUGCGCUGGUCCACUCAGAAUCUGCUGUCAGCAACAAGACUGAGGUCGGAAACCAUUCCAGCAAGACUGCCACCGUUGUUCUAGAGUCAUCUGAAUCCACAUCUAAAUCAUACUUAGCUUCCAGUCCAAACCCAUUCAGCCGGGCAAAUGCGGCUGAGACAAUAUCUGCAGCAAGAGCCCUUCCAUCGGCUCCCUCUUCUACGCCUAGCCGAACUGGGUGUACUACUCCACAAGCUUCAUUUGGAUCUGCUUCUGCUCGUCCUGGGUUUGGAUCAAGACUGGAGCGCAUUAAGACCACAGUCAAUACUGUAGGGCCUUCUGGAAAAUUGUCAUCCACUAGCCCUCCCUCUGCUACACCACCGGCUGGAACUGGCACAAGUAAAAUAGACAAAUAUGCCCGUAUUCUCUUUCCAGUCACCUUUGGGGCAUUUAACAUGGUCUAUUGGGUGGUGUAUUUAUCUAAGGACACGAUGGAGAAAUCAGAAAGUCUAAUGUAA